AUGUCCACAUGUAGCCAGCUGUGUGGUAGUACCGGAGCUAAAGGAGGACACCUGCCUCUCAUCUCCCUCAAGCUCCUGCCUGACUUUGCCUCCAACGACCUGCUCAACCCCUGUGGAGGGACAGACGUGAUGGUGAGGACGGUCUCCAGCUCGUCUCCAGAGCUUGAUCCUGGGCUGAGCAGCAGGAAACGCUCCCAGCUCACAUGGGUCCACCUAUCCCGCUACUACAAACACCUGUUCAACCUGCAGCACAUCGCCAUGCGUCCAGUGGUGCCCCAGUGUGUGGAGGGCCUGGUGUCCCAGUCAGAAGACAGUAGUCUGGCGCUGAGGUUGGUUCAGCUCCAGACCUUCUUCUGUUCCCACAUGGUGGACUACAGAGAGUCCUGCUGCGCCCCUGAACCCCCCACUGAAAUCAUCAUGCAGCCACAGAUUAUACAGAUGUGUCCUACAGUGAGAGGCACUAUGGGAGCUCAGAUGUACCCCUGGUCCUUUGCUGACAGGAAGCAGCUGUGUAUCCAGUGGCACCGGCCUGCUCUCAGCCCCACCCAAGAAGACACGGAUACGGUCAUGCUGCUGUUUGGGCUGAACAAAGUGCCACUCUCGGCCAUGAGGGCCACAGCCUGCACUGUCAUAGAGCUGCAGUGUGGACAGAAACUCAUCAGCAUGGCGAAACUGUGUGCAGUCCAUGCUCAGCUGGCCUCAGCCUGUGUUGGGGGUAACGUCUCCUGUCCGCCUGCUGCCAGUAGCGCCGCCUCCCCCCCCAGCCCCAAGAUGGAGAGGCAACGCCGCACCAAGAUCCCAGACAAGGCUGCUACCUCCAGCCCUCACAUACAGAUGUUACAGGAGCAGACCAGGUGCUGCUGUGCUGCUAUAAAGGACUUACUGCAGCCUGGUUCAGAGGCAGCUGUUCUCACUGAGGUUCCGUUUGAGGCCAGCCUACAUAGUCUGUGUGAUCUGGAGCGCUGCUUCAACCCAGCCAGUGGAGCCAUUGUGGACGGAAACACACUGAUAACAUGGCUCAUCUCCCUGCUCGCCUGAUACCCUAUCGGCACAGCACCAUAGAAAAAGACAAACACAACGACAGGAAUCAAAUGGCCGAGACCAAAGAUAGCAUAUUGCACCUACCUAGCUAAGUGACUUCAUCAGACUCUUUCACUCUGAAAUAAAUGAGCAUAAAGAUGAUUUUCGUAAAAACUCAAUUCAAGCGCUUUUCAUUUCUUAUUCUUUAUUAAUGUAUAUGAUUAAGCUCACAAAUCAAAUGUAUAUGAAAAGGCUCAUGUGUUGUCAUAAAAUACAAAUUGGACCUCUUAAAACAGCAGUGGUAAUGUUUCCGAUAACUCAGGUUUCCCCAACUAGCGGGCCAAAUUUGGCUCGCAGGUGGUUUUAUUUAGCCCCGCAAGUUUUCUGAGCGAAAAAAAAGAAGAUUAAUUUAAAAAAUACAUGUUUUAGAUUGGUGGACAUAAAAGGCUGUAAAAACACCAAGAAAUCAGCUCCAAGUGAUUUUAAUGAAAGAAAUCUGUUCAAGGAUUCCCAUAUAUAAUAGAGGGACAUGUGAUUGUAAGCAAGGUUUGAAAUUAUUAUGUUUUAGUCAAUCAUAUCUGUUUGGGCUUCUUGCAGUCAAUUUGCAGUCUACAAAUUAUUUGUAAUUAUAAAUCCCCUUGUUGCUCAAAAUAGUUGAUUAUCCCUGCUAUAACUCCUCUGAUUAAAGAUCCCAAAUAAAAAUUGGCUUU